UAGUUGUUCCAUAACCUGUCCGUGUGUGGAUCUUACCUACCUCCCUAUUCCACCCAGGUGUUGAUUGUUGACGAGGUGCAUGAGCGACACCUCCACUGUGACUUCCUCCUUGGGGUCCUGCGCUCCCUCCUGGCCACCCGCCCCGACCUCCGCUUGGUCCUCAUGUCAGCCACCAUCAACAUAAAACUCUUCUCCAGCUACUUUAAUAAUGCACCUGUACUGCAGGUACCGGGCAGGCUCUUCCCUAUACAGGUGAUCUACCAGCCCAUCCCACAAGAGGAGCAGCCGUCCCGCUCGGAGAAGCUGGACCCCCGCCCAUACCUCCGUGUGCUGCAGGGCAUCGACCAACGCUACCCGCCCGAGGAGAGGGGCGACCUGCUUCUGUUCCUCAGCGGCGUGGCAGAGAUAUCUACCAUCUUAGAGGCAUGCCAGGCCUACGCCACACACACCAAGCGCUGGAUCGUUCUGCCCCUCCACAGCACCCUGUCCCUGGUACAGCAGGAUAAGGUACAGUAGGAUGAGGUACAGUACAGUAGGAUGAGGUACAGUAGCAGUACAGCAGGAUAAGGUACAGUACAGUAGGAUGAGAUACAGUAGGAUGAGGUACAGUACAGUAGGAUGAGGUACAGUACAGUAGGAUGAGAUACAGCAGGAUGAGGUACAGUAGGAUGAGGUACGGUACAGCAGGAUGAGGUACAGUACAGUAGGAUGAGGUACAGCAGGAUGAGGUACAGUAGCAGUAGGAUGAGGUACAGUAGCAGUAGGAUGAGGUACAGUAGGAUGAGGUACGGUACAGCAGGAUGAGGUACAGUAGCAGUAGAAUGAGGUAGGGUACAGUAGGAUGAGGUACAGUACAGUAGGAUGAGGUACAGCAGGAUGAGGUACAGUAGCAGUACAGCAGGAUGAGGUACAGUACAGCAGGAUGAGGUACAGUAGGAUGAGGUACAGUAGGAUGAGGUACAGUACAGUAGCAUGAGGUACAGUAGCAGUACAGUAGGAUGAGGUACAGUACAGUAGGAUGAGGUACGGUACAGCAGGAUGAGGUACAGUACAGCAGGAUGAGGUACAGCAGGAUGAGGUACGGUACAGCAGGAUGAGGUACGGUACAGCAGGAUGAGGUACGGUACAGCAGGAUGAGGUACAGUAGCAGUAGGAUGAGGUACAGUAGCAGUACAGCAGGAUGAGGUACAGUACAGCAGGAUGAGGUACAAUACAGCAGGAUGAGGUACAGUACAGCAGGAUGAGGUACAGUAGCAGUAGGAUGAGGUACAGUAGCAGUAGGAUGAGGUACGGUACAGCAGGAUGAGGUACAGUACAGCAGGAUGAGGUACAGUAGCAGUAGGAUGAGGUACAGUACAGUAGGAUGAGGUACAGUACAGCAGGAUGAGGUACAGUACAGCAGGAUGAGGUACAGUAGCAGUAGGAUGAGGUACAGUAGCAGUAGGAUGAGGUACGGUACAGCAGGAUGAGGUACAGUACAGCAGGAUGAGGUACAGUAGCAGUACAGCAGGAUGAGGUACAGUACAAUAGGAUGAGGUACAGUAGCAGUACAGUAGGAUGAGGUACAGUACAGUAGGAUGAGGUACAGUAGCAGUAGGAUGAGGUACAGUACAGCAGGAUGAGGUACAGUAGCAGUACAGUAGGAUGAGGUACAGUACAGCAGGAUGAGGUACAGUACAGCAGGAUGAGGUACAGUACAGUAGGAUGAGGUACAGUACAGUAGGAUGAGGUACAGUACAGCAGGAUGAGGUACAGUACAGUAGGAUGAGGU